AUGUCCACUACACUGUUCGACGAUAUAUUCACCAUCUCCGAGGUGGAUCCAGGCCGUUACAACAAUGUCUGCCGUAUAGAAGCCGGCUCUACUACACAGGAGCAAUGCAAGCUGACCCUAGAUAUAAAUACCAACUUGUUCCCAGUGCAAGUCAACGAACAACUGACAGUGACAGUGGCCUCCUCCUUGGAUGUUGAUGACGACGACAAGGCCAAAGUUAACGACUCUACCGGUGCAUCCAGAAGUUGGAGACCACCACAACCUGGCGACAGAUCAUUGGCAGACGACUACGACUAUGUGAUGCACGGUACUGCAUACAAGUUCGAGGAAGUAAGCAAGGAUGUCAUCGCUGUGUACUACUCCUUCGGAGGUCUACUGAUGAGAUUGGAAGGUAACUACAGAAACUUGAACAACUUGAAGCAAGAGACCGCCUACUUGUUGAUCCGUCGUUAA